AUGCGUGAAGGAGGAGGGCUCGAGAGGACCCGAGGCGAGGGAAGGCUGUGCAAUCGGUGUUAUGUGCCGUGGCGGAACAAGGGGAGGAGAAAGUCGUUCACAUUGUGGAACAAUCAAAUCCGCAAAGAUGCUCGUCCAUUGUCGCCAAAUCCGCAACCCACACGUCGGAGAUUCCCUGGACUACCUGUGCCUGUGCGGAAGAGGAGGAAGAGGGCGAGUCAGUAUGGGCCUGGGGAGUUGGUUUUGCCUCCGGCUCCGGGAGAAGGUGCCGGAGGGGGUUUGGCUACUGUUCAAGAAGAUGGCAGUGGAGAGUCGAUUGAGCGUGCGGCAGUCGAAGGACGUACGAGAGGUGGCGGAGGGGAGAGAGAAGGGUUCUCGGCUAUACCUGCGUCCGCUCCACCUACGGUGACUCGGCACGCUCUCCCUCCUCAUUUCCAACACCCCCAUCAGCAACACCAGCAACAUCCCCCCUCUUCUGCGACGAGGUGUGAGAGGAAGCUGUGGAACCGUGGGUCGAUUGAUCAGGUGGUGAUGGACCAGAUUGCUGCUGGAGGUGCGAUUGGGAGCGCUACUGCUGGGCCAGAAACGACGACGACGACGACGCACGCCAAUCGAUCGAGUGUACCCAAUGGAGUUGUCGCGCCAGACCGGGAGGGUUCUACGACCAAUCCAACCUCGGUGGAAUCCACAAACGCGUUGGCGAACGGGCAUGUGGUGGAGGGUCCCAGUCCCAGUCCGAGCUCUAGCGUGAUGACAAUCGCGCCUGUUAUGGCUCGUACGGGCAGUCGAGGGCCGCCCCUGCGUAUCCAGACAGGGUCAACAGACGCGUAUACGCCUACCUCACCUCGUCCGAUUUCGUAUGCCCAGGCCGUCACCAUGGGCGCGAAAAGCUCCGCUUCCUUUACCCAAGGAACUCGAGGUGUACCAAGCUCGGCUUCCCUCGCACAAGGUCCUGUGGGUGUGUCGUCGGGGAGGAAGGUUGGGGCGAGACGGAAUGCGGUGGACGAGAUGCAUUCGUCGCGAGAGGGUGUUGGUGGUGCUGGGUCUGUUAGGGAGAGCCUGGCAAGUAUGGGGCCUAUUAAGGAGAGUCCUGCUGGGUCGAGGAAGGGGUCGUUGGGCGGAGGAGUCGACCCCUCUAGUGCUCCUCCCAUCAGCGGACACGGCUUUCAAGACUUUCGAGGACCGGCGCAGCAGUUCCAGCCCACCCCUCCGUCGCACUAUGCCAACGCCAACGGUGCCGCUAACCCUCGAAGUCGCCGCCAGUCUCGUAAAACCGACGAUACGAUUCUUACUUCGACGUCCGGUCAUAGUAGUGGGGUUUACUACUACUCGUCGUCAGAGGAGGGUGGGGGGAGUGUACCGUGGUUCUUUCCUCAUCGGGAGGUUGUUACCGAGGAAGUCGAGGAGGUCGUCGGAGUGGAUGGGGAGGAUGAGGUGGAGAUGAAGAUGGAGGUGGCCCAAGUGUUAGAGUUGGAGGCUGGGCUGGGGUCCGCGAGAGGGGUGCCUACUGGGCGGCAUUUGGAUCCUGACGCACACGCCGACUCCGGGGGUGUCGGGAAUGCCAACAGCAAGACCCGUCCUCGUGCCAUCUCGGAAGCCAUCAAAUCCUUUGUGGUGGAGAGGGGGAGGGAGAUUAAGCGCGAGGUUGGGGGUGUCGUUGAACGCGGGCGGGCGUUGGUUCGGAACCGGCAUGCGUCUGAUUCUAGGCGACUAGAGUCCUCUGGGGUACAAACUGCGACGGUUGGGGGACUCCAGAAUGGGGAAUUGCACUCCACCGCGAAUGCUACACCUCCACCUGCGCACUCAUUGGACUGCGCACCCACGAACGGAGAGUGCGCUUGUGGUAGUCGCCGAUUUACGACAGGUGGGGAACGUCGACGGAAGAAGAGGGUGCGGAAGGAGGUGGUCAGGCGGUAUUUGAGCCCGAAGGGGUUGUUCUGUACGGGGUGGUGUGAAGCGCAUAAGAAGCCUUGGAGUGGGAGGGGGGAGGCUGGCUUUGUCGUUUGUUUCUCUGCCGCGAAGGAUGGACAGGAAUCUCGGGAAGAUGUCAAUGGGGCGUCUAUGACGCAGGCUUUAAUAUCCAUCUUGCGGGAAGACCCGCAUCCGACGCUUGAUACUCUUCUUUGUCGAGUCAGCCACAGCCUCCACGCAUCCUACGUCAACAUGCACUCAUUAACACGAAAUUUUCGUCGAAGGGUCCGGGAAUGGAACCGUAAGCACGUGGCAAGGGGCGGGAAGCCGGUUGAGCCCAGGUAUAAGGGUGAGAUGGAUAACUUUCAGGAUCCACAGAUUAGCAGUUUGUAUCCGCUGGAUACGAAGAGGGAGUUUUGGGCGCCGUGA